CAUCCCGCGGGGUGUGGCCAUCAUUUGGAAUGCCAUGUCGUCGCGGUCGGUUUCCUAUGUAGGUUUAAGUUAGUUAGGAGGAGAUUGAUCCUUGACGGGGGGGGUGGGAGCCAAGCAACUAAUCCUUUCACUAGGGCAGUGCUUAACGUAACCCUGGCAGAUGGAGGAUUGGCGAUGAGUGAUCAGUGACAAAUUCCACAGCUGGAUUCUAUUCCGUUGGCGCGAAUGCUGCAAACGAAGCAGGACGUAAUGACAGUAGUGUCUGGUGCUGCGUGAUGACCGUCCCCGGCUCGGGUUGCGCCAUCGAGGCCAUGGAGGGCGCACAGACGGAGGCAGGUGUGGCGCAGGACUCCACAUGCUUCAGGCACCAAGUCCCUGCACCUCCACCUCCACGCCAGGCGUCUUUCGUGCUCCACGCCGCCGUCAAAAUAUGCUCAGACAGAGGCUUGUGGCGUCAGAGUCUGUACAGAAGCUUAGCACCGACUUCCCUCCGCCUCGAAUACACCAUCCGAUCGCUGUUGCUGCUUUUCUAUGGCAGCUCAAGACCACUGGAGAAAUCCGUCCAUCUGCUGCCGAUGAUGACGGCGGCAGAGCAUCUCCACCGUUUAAGCUCCGUGAUGGGACAUCCACUGACCGCAUCAGCCUCGGUUGCCGUCGGCCAUGUCCACGGCCCGCACGUCCGUUUGCACAAAGUGCUCGCCCUUCAGCUGGCCAGGCGAUGUACGGUGACAUGCCAAGGAAGCACGCAAGGCACUUGCGGUGCCGCCCCGUCACCGCAGCUGGAAAGAACAUGCCUGACGCGUCCAGAUACGGCAGAUCCUUUGCCCACCGCACCAACGAAAGCGGUCGAACGCACGUCCGGAAAGGCAGGCGUAUGCAAGUAAUCCCGGCCGCAGCCCACUUUUCGCCUUGAGGCUCCCGCGGUCCGCGAAAGUCUGGCCCAGGAAUCUGUGGCUGUGCGCCCCAACUGUGCAACAAUAUGC